AUGAGCUCCAAGGCCGCGCGCUUCGAGGGCAGCCCAGACAGCCAGCCGCCCUCGCCGGACUGCGAUGCCAGCCAGUGGGGCGCCAGGCCGACGCCCGAGCCCCACGCCUGCCCACCCGGCGAGCGGCCCAGCAAGAAGCAGCGCACGGGGCGGUCCAACGACGAGAACAUGGGCGAUCAGCGGCUGCUGAGGGCCAACCGGGAGAUUUCGCGGCCGGGGCUGCUGGCUGGCACGGACCCCAAGUCUUUCAUGAUCCCCGACAGGCCGUCGCCGCCGUACAGACCUCCGGAUGAGGACGGGUACUACGUCUGUGAGCUCGGCGACAACCUGUCCUCACGAUACAAGGUGCUCGCCAGGAUCGGAGAAGGCUCCUUCGGUCGCGUCCUGGAGUGCUGGGACCGAAAGAAGAAGAAAUACGUGGCCAUCAAGGUCAUACGCAACAUAGAGAAGUAUCGGCACGCAGCAAUGAUCGAGCUCGAGGUGUUAAACACUCUUCAAGCAAACGACCCUGAAGGGAAGAGGCACUGUGUAGCUGUCAACGAGUGGUUUAAUUACCGUGGGCAUGUGUGCAUGGUUUUUGAAAGGCUGGGUCCCAGUCUGUAUGAUUUCCUCCGGAAGAGCAACUAUCACCCGUUCCCAUUGCCACUGGUGCAACAAUUUGGUCGCCUGCUGCUGGAGGCUGUGGCCUACAUGCAUGAGAUCAAGCUCAUACACACAGACCUGAAGCCUGAAAACAUAUUGCUGGAACGAGAUGGCGUAGAGAAGGUGGUCAGCACUCCUGCACUCCAAGAACAUCUGCAGCAAGAUCGCAGGGACACAAAGCUAUCCUUGAAGAUGCCAUCGAGCAAGGGCUUGUUCGUCAUCGACUUUGGGAGUGCCACCUUUGAAGAUCAGUACCACUCUGGGUUGGUCUCAACCCGGCACUAUCGAGCCCCAGAGGUUAUCCUUGGUUUGGGAUGGUCCUAUCCCUGUGACAUGUGGAGCGUCGGAUGCAUUCUUGUAGAGCUGGUCACUGGGGAAGCCCUGUUUCAGACCCACGAGAACUUGGAGCACAUGGCCAUGAUGGAGAAGGUUCUGGGCCCCAUCCCAGAGAAGAUGAUCAGGAACUGCAGCAAGGCAAUGAAGAAGUACUUCGAGCAUGGCCAGCUAUUCUGGCCCCAGGGCGCCAGCAGCAGAAAGAGUGUGCGGGCCGUUCGGAAGCUGUCUAGUCUCAAGGAUUAUGUUGCUAACUAUGUGGAGAACGCUGGCCGCCACCAGCUGCAGAGCCUGGUCGACCUUCUGCACAGGCUACUGCAAUAUGAGCCGUCUCACAGGAUAACUGCCAGAGAGGCCCUGGGGCAUGCGUUCUUUGAGUCAGUUAGUAAUGGGCGGCCAGCAUGA